CCUCUCUACCAUCAACAACUCUUCUCGAAGUUUGGUGCUCUACACAAUCCUCUCCUCCCUCUCUUUUCUUGCACUCUGCUUUACGCUUGUUGGCAGCAUCCAGCUUCACUCUUUUGCUGGAUCCUCGCCGUCCGUUCUUUCCCAAUCUACCCGCUAGCUCACAGUGUUGGAGAUAAGGUUGCUUCCGCCUGGUGCCAAAAAGGCCGUGCCCGCGUUGACGUGCUGCUCGGACUUCCUGCAGACUCUGCAUUGGCUUUCGGACUCUUAUCAGCAGUUUCUACACCUCCCAGCCUGACAAAGGACGAUUGAUCUGAGACCUCGACGCUCUUAAGAAGCUCACGAUCAGCCCGCGGCCCCCAAAUCCAUCCCGCAUUCCCAUCGCAGUGCCAGACUCCGAUCUCCGACUGGCCCUCACCUCAGCCUCAUAGCUAGAUCUAUAUUCGUCUGCGUCCUCGAAGGACGCCUCAAGAGCCUACGACGACUGCAGAGCUGGGGUCAUGGGCUCAUUAAAAUACGCAUAUCUUCUACGUCGUGAUGGAUCCGACUUCACGGACGGCGGACCACCAUAUUCCAUGAAUCAGCUACUGUUUGUCCUCUUUACCCUCGUGCUCAUGGCUGCCCUGUGUUCCCUGGCCCUCGUCUACCUUCGUCGGCGACGACUGGCCAGCCAGCGAGGGACACUACUGCCGACUCACCACCAGACGUCGCAUCAUCGCUCUCCAUCCAUCAGCCAUUUCGGUCGCCAGGACAAGAACGAGUCCAUUUUUGUUUACGAUGAAAAGAUGAACUUGAUCCACAACUCUUCGAGCCCUCCAUCCGCAGCAGUCCCAGAAAUCCACAUCACCUUCCCUGACGAAGAGGGCAAGUCUGGCCUGCAGAAAGGACGUGUCGUCGUGGUCCACGUUACCGAUUCGGGAAGUGUCGGCAUGGAGCCGCUCACCCAGGAGAAUCUGCCACCUUAUCAGAAGGAAGACGGCGAGCGAUUUCAAUCUCUCGACCUCGAACGGAUAGGUGGGCUCAGGGAAAAGGAACCAUUGAGCCAGAGGUUCUCAUGAGCCAAGUCACCACCUGUCUUCCAACAUGUCCUCCCGAUGGACAAAAUACCCCAACCGGCGGGAGGAGCCAGCAUUGCUCCUUGUACUCAAUAAUGCGGCAACACAGUCCAUAAUAUUCGAUACCGCCGCGAUAAUUGAUUGUGUGGGGGCCAUCAUUGUGAUGGUUAUCACACCGCCACGAUGAUUGUACAGAAAGCUAAUAUUGGGGGGCGGAUCAUGUUCAUAGAAGCCCUUGAAUGGGAAUUUUGUACAUAUUGUAUAGUCGACAGGCAUCUCUGCGGCGUGACAGGGCCCGUGUGCCUGAAUUCAAUAUGAAAUGUUGAGAUGUUGCAACUCGAGCAUUUCUCGAUUCCAAUGCGUCCAGAGAAACUUGUCCGUCGG